AUGGGGUUUUGUCAUGUUGAAUAUGCAUGUAAUUCUUCAUGUAUUCCUCUAGAUCAUCAAUCAGAUGAUAAACAAACAAUUGUGAUUACAAAUAUACCAGAAAAUGUUAGUGAAGAUGAUUUGUGUCAUUUAUUUUCCAACUCUCGUGUAUCAAAGUAUUGUCCAUCACAGAUUAUUCAUCGUAAACCUACCUCCAAUGAUGUUACAGGCAAAAUCAAGAUUUUAUGGGGAUAUGCAUUUCUUACUUACGACAAUGUUCAACAAGCUGUCAGUGUCAUCGAACAAGCUCAGCAAUAUCACAUCAAUGGUCAACCAUUACGUGUUUCUUUUCGUUCGAAAGAGAACUGA